UCGUUCUCUCCCUCGUACGGGAUUGCAUAUUAAUUCAUUCCCCCCUCCCCCUGCUUUCGCUUUACCCCCCCUUAUCUGGUCACUCGUUCAAAACAACCGUCGCCGCCGGUUCCUACAAUAUACCACCAUAUUAACAUUUCCCUCUCUUAACUUCGUCCCACUAUAUAAUCAUGAAGGCUCUCAUUCUUGUCGGAGGGUUUGGUACCCGUCUCCGUCCCUUGACAUUGACCCUUCCCAAACCCCUGGUGGAAUUUGGGAACCGUCCCAUGAUUUUGCACCAAGUCGAGAGCUUGGCUGCUGCUGGUGUCACGGAUAUUGUCCUGGCUGUGAACUACCGUCCAGAUGUCAUGGUUUCGGCCCUCAAGAAGUAUGAGGAACAAUACAAUGUUAAGAUCGAGUUCUCCGUCGAGUCCGAGCCCCUGGGCACUGCCGGCCCCCUGAAGUUAGCGGAGAAGAUUUUGGGCAAGGACGACUCUCCAUUUUUUGUUCUAAACUCCGACGUCAUCUGUGAUUAUCCUUUCAAGGAGCUGGCUGAGUUCCAUAAGAACCAUGGGGACGAAGGUACCAUUGUUGUUACCAAGGUUGACGAGCCCUCCAAGUAUGGUGUCGUUGUUCACAAGCCCAACCACCCUUCGCGCAUCGACCGCUUUGUCGAAAAGCCUGUUGAAUUCGUUGGCAACCGUAUCAACGCCGGUAUCUAUAUCAUGAAUCCUAGUGUGCUGAAUCGCAUUGAGCUGCGCCCGACCUCCAUUGAGCAGGAGACAUUCCCCGCUAUUUGCAAGGAUGGACAGCUCCACUCCUUUGACUUGGAGGGCUUUUGGAUGGACGUUGGUCAACCGAAGGACUUCCUCAGCGGCACUUGUCUAUACCUCACUUCCCUCGCCAAGCGCAACUCCAAGCUACUUGCACCCAACUCCGAACCCUACGUGUACGGUGGCAAUGUUAUGGUUGACCCCUCCGCCAAGAUCGGCAAGAACUGCCGCAUUGGCCCCAAUGUAGUCAUUGGACCCAACGUUGUGGUCGGUGAUGGAGUUCGUCUGCAGCGUUGUGUGCUUCUAGAGAACAGCAAGGUCAAGGACCAUGCCUGGGUUAAGUCGACCAUUGUCGGAUGGAAUAGCUCCGUAGGCCGAUGGGCUCGUUUGGAGAAUGUCACCGUGCUGGGUGACGACGUUACUAUCGCAGACGAAGUCUAUGUUAAUGGUGGAUCCAUCCUUCCUCAUAAGAGCAUCAAACAGAACGUUGAUGUUCCCGCAAUCAUUAUGUAAACCCGCUCUUCUCAUGUCGACAUGUCCUCAAAUACUUUGCUUCCAGUCGCCUGCACCUCAAAGCCGCCCGAUGCAUGGAACCGGAGUCGGUUUAUUUUUACUUCGAUUGAUUUCAAGCAGGCCUGAGCUUGACAGGAUUUCUGGGUCAAGGCCAUGACCAAUCCUUGGAAUACACGGCGGUCCUGACACCUUUCUAUUUACCUUCCCCCUUCUUGCAUAAAUCUUUUAUUCCAUUUCCUUAACCUGCUCCACCGUACGCAGGCGCUGAAUGCCUUGAUGGCGAAAGCUCUGCCCUCUACAGAUUUUUAGUAAUCUUAUGUUUCCUUCACUACGUGUUGCCGCCGACCCGUCGACUGCCUUGCGU